UACUGAAGGCAACAUGGUUCUAAGGCACCGAUGCUUCCCUCUAAAAUGUUGCUGUCUAGUAAUAGCUAUAUUCAUCGCCCUGAGGCCUGAUACGUCAACAUCACAAGAAUUCUGCAUCAAAGACAGUGACGAUACAGCUUGCAAAACCGAAAACUUUUUCCACAAAGAUGAAGUGGUUGUGUUGACUGUUGCCACUGACGAUAACCAUGGCCUAGAGAGGUUUUUACGUUCUGCCAAAGUGUACAAUAUUGAUGUCGAGGUAUUGGGCAAGGGUGAAGAGUGGUCAGGUGGUGACAUGAACUUCCCCGGUGGUGGACAAAAAGUAAUUCUUCUGAAAAACAGGCUUGAGAAGCUGAUGAAAGCUGACAACAAAGAGAAAAUAAUACUUUUCACUGACAGUUAUGACGUCAUGUUCUUGGGGAAUUUAGAUGAGAUUGUAAAGAAAUUCAAGUCUUUUCCUGAUACACGUGUGCUUUUUUCUGCUGAACAAUUUUGUUGGCCUGAUGCAAAACUUGCAACUCAAUAUCCAAACAUUGAAGUUGUAAGUCCAUAUUUGAACUCUGGUGGAUUUAUAGGUUACUUGCCAGAAAUAUAUGAGAUUAUCAAUAGCAACCCAAUCAAGGAUAAGGAUGAUGAUCAAUUGUACUACACAAAGAUAUAUCUUGAUAAGGAUUUGAGGGAAUCACUCAAAAUUACACUUGAUCAUAAAUCAGAGAUUUUCCAAAACUUAAAUGGAGCUCUUUCUGAUGUACAACUAAGGGCUAAUACUACAGAAGAAUGGCCAUAUAUUGAAAAUGUGGUAACAAAAUUAAGGCCUUUAAUUGUCCAUGGUAAUGGACCAGUUAAAAAUACCCUGAACCAUUAUGGAAACUAUUUGGCUAAGUCUUGGUCAGUGAAUGAGGGCUGUGUGCUGUGUAAAGAGAAAAAGAUUCAGUUGAAGGAGGACAACUUACCGAGUGUUAUGAUGGCAGUAUUCAUAGAGCAAGCAACACCAUUUCUAGAAGAUUUUUUAGAUCAAGUCAUUGAUACUGAUUAUCCUAAGAAUAAAAUUCAUUUGUUUAUACACAAUAAUGUAGAAUAUCACGAGAAUGAGGUGGAGAAAUUUUUCGGAGCCUACUCUAAAGAAUAUGCCUCAGCAAAACGUAUAAAUUCUGGAGACUUCAUUUCAGAAGCAGAAGCAAGAAACCUUGCAAAGGAAAGAUGCAUCAACAGUGCAUGCGACUAUCUGUUCUCUGUGGACAGCCUGUCUCGUCUUGAAAGUAACGUUUUACGUUAUUUGCUCUCUUCUGGCUAUGACGUCAUCGCGCCGAUGCUAACGCGUCCUGGCAAAGCCUGGUCCAACUUCUGGGGAGCUCUCAACUCUGCUGGAUUUUAUGCGAGAUCCGCAGAUUAUAUGGACAUAGUAUAUGGAGUUAUAAAGGGAGUAUGGAAUGUGCCCUUCAUUACCAAUUGCUAUCUGCUGAAGAUGUCGCUGUUCAGAGCGCCUAAGGCCAAAGCUGUGACUUAUGUACAGGAAGGACACGACUCUGACAUGGCAUUCUGCGCGAGUCUCAGAGAGCUCAAUAUAUUCAUGUAUGUGAGCAACGAAGAGGAUUUCGGCCAUCUCGUUAAUCCGGAAACAUAUGACAUAACAAAAACCCAUCCCGAUAUGUACCAGCUCUUCGAGAAUAAUAUGGAAUGGACUACCCGUUAUCUGCACCCUGAAUACCUGGCUAACUUCGAAGAGGAUCGGAAACAUUUAAUGCCGUGCACUGAUGUUUAUUGGUUCCCCUUGAUGUCUGAUAGAUUCUGUGAUGAGUGGAUCGCUAUAAUGGAAGCAUACGGAAAAUGGAGCGAUGGAACCAAUAAUGACAAACGUUUGGAAAGCGGCUACGAAGCUGUGCCCACUCGAGAUAUCCACAUGAGCCAAGUCGGCUUGGAACGUCAUUGGCUACAGAUCCUGAAGGAUUACGUACGACCACUUCAAGAAUUAGUCUUCACCGGAUACUAUCAUAAUCCUCCAGCGUCUAUAAUGAAUUUUGUUGUUCGUUACCGACCGGAUGAACAACCAUCGCUGCGACCUCAUCACGAUUCCUCUACAUAUACCAUCAACUUGGCUCUUAACACUCCUAACGUGGACUACGAAGGCGGUGGCUGCAGAUUCAUCAGGUAUAAUUGUUCGGUUCGCAACACUAAGAAAGGCUGGCUCCUCAUGCAUCCGGGACGUCUAACUCACUACCACGAGGGUCUCCUCGUCACCAAAGGAACUCGAUACAUCAUGAUUUCCUUCGUGGAUCCAUGAAUUAUUCGCUAAAAGCUCUCUAUCACAGACAAAAGGUCGGAUGUACAGUUAUUUUAUAGGGUGACUCUAUCUUCCUCUUUUCUUUUUGAAAAGGUUGCAUCAUCCAUCAUGUAUCCCUUUAUUCAGUUUAAUCUCAAAAUAUGAUAAAAUAGUGUAGAUCCGGCCUUUUGUAUCUGAUUUGGAGCCAUCUAUAACAUAAUCAUAACAAGACACAUAUGAUCUUGCCUUUUAACUUACAUAUAAGCAAUGCAUAUGAGAAUUUAGGUCUUUAAUCGAUUUGCAUUUUAUAAUAAUUGACAACAGCAUGUACGACAAUCAGUAGGAAGGAAUGUUUAAUUAUAAGUAUGUACCCAGUAUUUGCAAAUCGUCUGACAAUCUAUUGAAUCUCAAUAUGCAAUUAUUAUUAUAAGAUAAAUUAAGAUUUUGAUACUUUUUUUAAUCAAUCAUAUGUCUACUUUUAAAUUGUUUUUGUAAUAUCAUAUAUAUUUGUGAUAUAUAUAUUCACAUCUAUAUAUAUAAUAUUUUUUAUUUAAAUAAAUAUUACGUAAACGAUUCAUUUAGACUUACGUAAAACCAAAGAUAAUAUCGCACGUAUAUACUGUGACGUACUAGAUUGACAGCGUUGUAACAAAGCGAUUCCUAUGAAAUAAGAAUAAAAAAAACUGUUAUAAAUUUUAAAA